CCAAGAUGGAUUCCUCCCAAACUACAGGGGGCGCUGCUCUUCUCACCGUCACUUCCGCUUCAAACCGGAAGCGAUCUCCGAGGGCGAGAGAGACGACGUCCCAUUCUGCUAACUACCGGUAGGCCUCUCGAGGCGUGAGGGGGGCGAGAUGUCGCACCAGCCGCCGCCGUUCCCAUCCUUCGCGAGGCCCCCUCAGCCCCACUACUUCCCGCCGACGGGGACUCCUCCACAGGGUGUUUUUGGCGGGCCGCCUCCGCCUCACCACCCUCAGUUUUCUCUUUCCCCGUUCCCGCCUUUUUCGGCGGGUGGCCGAGGCCUUCCUACCUCCGCUUACCCGCCGCCAUUCCGGGCGCCGCUGCCCCCUCCUCCGUGGCAGCAGCAACAGCAGAAACCUCCGGAGCUGCCCUCGCCACAAUGGAGGCCCGAGGCGCCGCCGUACAUACCCGGGGAGAAGCCAAGGUUCCAGCCUCCGGAGCGGCCCUCGCCUCAAUGGAGGCCCGAGGCGCCGCCGUUCGUGGCCGGGGAGAAGCCAAGGCUCCCGCUCGGGCAUGACGCUGCUGCCUCAAGCGGCGGCCUGAGGCGAAGCGACGGCGGCGACGAGAGCGAGCAAUGGCUAAGCCGUUUCUUGGCUUGCCGACGCACUGAAGACGCCGGCGCCGCCUCUCCCCCGAAGCCGAGCGGCUUGAAGCCCAGCCAGGCGGGCCUGUUGGCGGCGGAGGCGCUGCGGCUGGUGGCGCAGGUGGCGGCGCUGUGCGGGGCCUGGCGGCGGCGGGACGACCACGCCAAGGCCGAGGAGGUGGCCGAGGCUGAGGCCCGGCUGGCAGAACUGCGGGAGGUGGUGCGGCCCCUGCGGGUCGAGGCGGCGGCGGCCCCUGUGGAGGCUCCCUUGGCCCAGCUGCGCCGCCACGCGGAGAAGAGCCGCAAGAAGAGGCUGCGGCGCCAAGCGCGGAGGCAGGAGGCGCGGGCCGCUCGCGAGGAGGAGGCGGCCCGCGAGGCCGAGAGGGAGACGCGGAUCGAGAGCUGGCGGGCCAGGCGCGCCCAGGAAGUCGAGGAGAGGCACCGGGAACAAGAACUUAAAGCUGCUGCAGACAGUGUGUUAUCUGAAGUAAGGAAAAAACAAGCAGACACGAAGCGUAUGGCAGAAAUCCUGCGUGGCUUAGAAAAGCUUAGGAAACUAAGAAAAGAAGCAGCAGCAAGGAAAGGUGUUUGUCCACCCCCAGAUGCAGAUGAAGCCUUCGAAAAUGAAGUCCAGAGCUUAAGAGCAUUAAUAAAAACACGCACUGAACUCUAUGAAGCUGAAGAACGAGCUCUGCGGGUUAUGCUGGAAGGAGAACAGGAGGAGGAAAGGAAAAGAGAAAUGGAAAAGAAGCUGAAGCGAGAAAAGGAGAAACUUCUGCAGCAGAAGCGGGAAAUGGAUUCAAAACUGUUUGGGGAUCCAGAAUUUCCCCUUGCCCGCCUUUUGGAGCCCUUCACACAGUAUUAUUUGCAGGCUGAGUAUUCUGUGCCAUCCCUUAUCCAGAUCAGGCAUGAAUGGGAUCGAUACCUGGUGCCUACAGAUCAUCCUGAAGGAAACUUUAUCCCACCAGGAUGGGUCAUUCCCUGUCAACCUUCUAGUGACAUCUGGGCUACAGCUGUUGGAUGAUGUGUUCAGAGUCUAAAACAAUAGCAACACAAGUGAUAAAGUGUACUUCAUUAAUUCCUUUGGACAUGGAAAAACUCUGGAUCUUUUUCUUAUAAAGCAGGGGCACAGAAUACAUAAGAUGCAUAUGCAACAGCUGAUUCAGAAGACAAAUACUGCCCCCCCCCAAAAAAAUGUUGUAUUCCGGAAAUGUGAAUCUCUGCUUAGUUACACUGGCAGAGAUUUGCUUCAGAUCUUGUUUUUUAAAACACUGUUUGGAGGAAUUUAAUUACAACAACAUUACACAUUAUCUGCUCCUGCAAACUUUAAAAGCAGGACAUUUUUCCUUAGAAUUUUAAAAUGUAUUAUUUCUGGACAACGGCAUCUAUAGCAGGGAAAUUAAUUUGUCAUGGGCAUGUGUAGCAGCAAAACCUAACUUGAGAACUUGUGUCAUUAACUGCAUCCUGCUGAGGCGAAAUACAAUCCCAAGGCCAUAUAACUUAAUGCAGCUGCUAAAUAUUGUUGCAUGUGUUUUUAAUGUUCUGAUAUUUCAUGGGAAAUCAGGUAAUAAUCCUGAAGCAACAUCAAAGACUGUCAUUGAACUCUUUAGAGCCAUAUCCGGGUUCUCAAGUUUCAGCUGUUUUUUGAACUCUCAUUUUAAAAAUUGCCUCCCUGUUUAUCUUGGUCUUAUGUGCUGUUCCUUAAGUGAAUUAACAGAUGUGGUCAAUUAUCGCCUCCUUCCAAGUUUGGUGUAGUGGUUUUAAAAGCUAAAACACUAAGAUGAAGCAAUGUGGAGAGAAUUAAUAGCAUCAUUGCUUCUUUUUUUGGUGCAACUUGCACCUUAAAUUUGUUAAAAUGUGCAUAUAUGAUGUACAUACUCAGAAAAGCAUUUUUUUUCUAUCAUCCCUUAAAGUAAGAACACUAGAGAAGCAAUACAAGUUAGGGUAUUUGUGUUAAUUUAAUAGAAUGUCAAAUAUUGGUUUGGUGCAUAAACAAUUUCUGUGUUGGCAUGCUCCCUCCUUCCCUUCCAUUCUCUACUUUUAAUAAGUGGCUUUCAUUGAAACAAAAAUGGGCAACUGAUGACUUGCAUGAGCCUAUCAAACCAGGAUUUUGUAGUUUGGGGUUGGAAGGAAAGUGAAAAGCACAAUUUGGAUUAACAACAAACUGGUUUCUAUGAAAGCAGAAGUUGCUCGCUCAUUUACGUGGAGUAUGGGAGCACAAAGUUCAUUCAUGUGGUGACAAACCCUCAUUUAGCAUUGCAUGUGAACCAAAAAACCUGAACAUCUAAUGUUGACAAACCUUGUAAACUAAACUUCAUUAGCAUAGUAACAUAGUCUCCAUGGCCCCUGUUAUUUGAAGUUGAAGAACAUUGUGGGACUAUCAUUGACAAAAAGAAAGUGCUGUUGACACAGUAUAACUCUGAUGAUAUAUUGAUAGGCUACCAUAUACUGUAUCAAUUGAAUCUUUAGUUCAGGGGAAAGAAAACAGCCUUUCCCAAACAUUUCAGUGUAACUUGAUCUCUGAUACUAAAAUUAGCAGCUUGUUACAAAAAUAUCUACCAAAAUGUUACAUAAAAUAUGAGGGAGUUUUUUCUUUUUUCUUUUGUGCUUUGAAACAAAGUUGCAUAAGUGUGUGUAUGUGAUGAGGGGAGAGAAAACCCUAAUGCAAUGUGAAACAUUGUCAAGAAUUCUUUGUUGUACAAAGUAAUAAAAACUCAGUUGAAUUUUAUUUGUACUUUUUAAAAAAAUAAAGAACAUUUCACACUCUU